CCUGGCGGAUUUCUUCAUGUUAGUUCAACAUUAACCCAGAGGGGUCAGGACAAGCCCUCAGAGUCCUGGGAGCGGACACACUAUGGCGCACGUCCGAGGCCUGUGGCUACCUGGCUGCCUGGCCCUGGCUGCCCUGUUUAGCCUUGUGCACAGCCAGCAUGUGUUCCUGGCCCCUCAGCAAGCACUGUCGCUGCUCCAGCGGGUCCGACGCGCCAACAGCGGCUUCCUGGAGGAGUGGCGGGAGGGCAACCUGGAGCGAGAGUGUGUGGAGGAGCAGUGCAGCCGUGAGGAGGCCUUCGAGGCCCUGGAGUCUCCCAGUGCCACGGAUGUGUUCUGGGCCAAGUACACAGCUUGUGAGUCGGUGAGGAAACCUCGAGAAAAGCUCAUUGAAUGUCUGGAAGGUAACUGUGCCGAAGGUCUGGGUAUGAACUACCGAGGGAACGUGAGCUUCACCCGGUCAGGCAUCGAAUGCCAGCUGUGGAGGAGUCGCUACCCACAUAAGCCGGAAAUCAACUCUACCACCCACCCUGGGGCUGACCUGCGGGAGAAUUUUUGCCGCAACCCAGAUGGCAGCAUCACUGGGCCCUGGUGCUACACUACGUUCCCCACUGUGCAGAGGGAGGAGUGCAGCAUCCCUGUCUGCGGCCAGGAGCGAGUCACUGUGGAGCUGACCCCAAACUCCGGAGACUUCACAGUGAAUCUGUCACCUCAAUCGGAAAUGUGCAUCCCUGAUCGCGGCCAGCAGUACCAGGGGCACCUGGCGGUGACCACACAUGGGUCUCCCUGCCUUGCCUGGGCCAGCGAGCGGGCCAAGGCCCUGAGCAAGGACCAGGACUUCAACCCGGCUGUCCCACUGGUGGAGAACUUCUGCCGCAACCCAGACGGGGAUGCGGAGGGCGCGUGGUGCUACGUGGCCGGAGAGCCUGGCGACUUUGAGUACUGCGACCUGGACUAUUGCGAGGAGCCGGUGGAUGAGGAGGUGGGAUAUGGGCUAGGCGAGGAACCGGAUGCGGCCAUAGAGGGGCGCACCGCCGCGGACAAGUUUCAGCCCUUCUUCAACGAGAGGACCUUCGGCUCCGGGGAGGCAGACUGUGGCCUGCGGCCUCUGUUCGAGAAUAAGUUGGUGCAGGACAAAACGGAACAGGAGCUGUUCGAUUCCUACAUCGAGGGCCGCAUCGUGGAGGGCCGGGAUGCGGAGAUCGGCCUGGCGCCCUGGCAGGUGAUGCUUUUCCGGAAGAGUCCCCAGGAGCUGCUGUGCGGGGCCAGCCUCAUCAGUGACCGCUGGAUCCUCACCGCUGCCCACUGUCUUCUGUACCCGCCUUGGGACAAGAACUUCACUGCGAAUGACCUUCUGGUGCGCAUUGGCAAGCACUCCCGCACCAGCUAUGAGCGAAAGAUUGAAAAGAUCUCCAUGCUGGAAAAGAUCUACAUCCACCCCAGGUACAACUGGAGGGAGAACCUGGACCGGGACAUCGCCCUGCUGAAGCUCAAGAAGCCCAUCAGCUUCACCGAAUAUGUCCAUCCCGUGUGCCUGCCCGACAAGGAGACAGCAACCAAGUUGCUCCAGGCUGGAUACAAAGGGCGAGUGACGGGCUGGGGCAACUUGAGGGAGACGUGGACAACCAAUAUGGCUGAGGUGCAGCCCAGCGUGCUGCAGGUGGUGAACCUGCCCAUCGUGGAGCGGCCGGUCUGCAAGGCCUCCACCCGGAUCCGCAUCACCGACAACAUGUUCUGUGCUGGUUACAAGCCCGGUGAAGGGAAACGAGGGGAUGCUUGUGAAGGCGACAGUGGGGGACCCUUUGUCAUGAAGAGCCCCUUUAACAACCGCUGGUAUCAAAUGGGCAUCGUCUCAUGGGGUGAAGGCUGUGACAGGGAUGGAAAAUACGGCUUCUACACACAUGUGUUCCGCCUGAAGAAGUGGAUACAGAAGGUCACUGAACGGUUUGGAAGUUAGGGGGCCACCCACAUUCUAGGCUCCUCACUGCAAAAUCACAGAAGCCAAUCCAGUGAAAGAAUUAUUUUUGUGGCUUGUUCCUAAAACUAUAUUUCUCAAUAAAAGUGACCCUAUCACUGA